AUGUCCGGCGCCGAGGAGGCUGGCGGAGGCGGCCCGGCCGCGGGGCCAGCCGGCUCCGUGCCGGCCGGUGUCGGGGCCGGGGCCGGGGCCGGGGUCGGGGUCGGGGUCGGGGCCGGGCCCGGGGCGGCCGCGGGGCCGGCGGCAGCGGCGGCACUGGGUGAGGCAGCGGGGCCCGGGCUCCCAGACGAGGCGGGCCUGGCCGGCGCCCGGCAGCUGCAGGAGGCGGCGGGCGACCCCGACGCGCCGCCCAAGAAGCGGCUACGGGCGGCCGAGGCAGCCGAGGCGGCGGCAGCGGCGGCGGCGGCGGGCAGCGGGAAGCUGGAGGAGCGGCUCUACUCGGUUCUGUGCUGCACGGUCUGCCUGGACCUGCCCAAGGCCUCCGUGUACCAGUGUACUAACGGUCACUUGAUGUGCGCUGGCUGUUUUAUCCACCUACUAGCAGAUGCCCGGCUGAAGGAGGAGCAGGCCACGUGCCCCAACUGUCGUUGCGAGAUCAGUAAGAGCCUCUGCUGCCGCAACCUGGCCGUGGAGAAGGCCGUGAGCGAGCUGCCCUCAGAGUGUGGCUUCUGCCUGUGCCAGUUCCCCCGCUCCAUCCUGGAGAGGCACCAGAAAGAAGAGUGCCAGGACAGGGUGACGCAGUGCAAGUACAAGCGCAUUGGCUGCCCGUGGCACGGCCCUUUCCACGAGCUGACGGUGCAUGAGGCCGCGUGUGCCCACCCAACCAAGACAGGCAACGAGCUGAUGGAGAUCCUGGAUGAGAUGGACCAAAGCCACCGCAAGGAGAUGCAGCUCUAUAACAGCAUCUUCAGUCUGCUCAGCUUCGAAAAGAUCGGCUACACAGGUGAGGCGCCCUGCCGCCUGCUGCACCCAACACGGGCCGGGGCGGGGCCAGCAGCCAGGAGCCGGGGCCGCUGCACCCGGUGGCCAGGCUCGGAACGAGCUCCUGGUGCCUGGGAGGAGGCCUCGGGGAAGAGGGCUGGAGGCCGAGCAAGGGGGCCGGGCAGGACCCUGGGGGCCCCUGCAUGGCUCUGCAGAGACCCCUCUCCCUGGGGUCCCCGCCCUGGUCCCGUGACCCCGACAAAGUGGUGUCCUCACUGCAGGGGACUGCACGGCUUGGGACCGGUGGAGUCUCACUGGAAGGUGGGUGUGUCUGGGGGGCUCCAGGAGCUGAGGGCCUGCCCUGCGGAGCCAGGGGCAAGAAGAGCAGUCAUCACGUCGGGUCCUGCCGAAAGGCAGUUACUGCAGUGACCGCGGGCUUCCUGGGGCCAGUGAGAAGAUGGGCAGGGCUGGGGCUCCAGAGUGAGCUGAGGGGGCCCGACUCAAACCGCAGAGCUGGGAGUGGACGCCAAGGGAUGGGCAGGCUGGACUGCGCCCAGGCCCGCUGGAUCUCCUGGGCUCUCCCGGUCACCACCACUGCGUUUGGACACUCUGGGGAGCAGGAGUCAGGCCAGAGCUCGCUCUAGACAGAGGAUGGCAGGAAGCCUGUGCUCGCUGGAGCUCAUGCCCGGCGGCCAGCUCCAGGUCAAGGGCAGUCAGGCGGCAGUCAGACCGUGCUGCCUGGGCCGGACCUGGCUCCAUGCGGGCCUGCGGAGGCCCAGGGAGCCAAGGGCCUGGCGUCAGCAGCAGAAGGCCGUGGCUCUGGUUAGUCGUAGCCUCGGCUGCCGUGGUGGGCACCGUGUCCCAGACCACCCAGCCUGGAGAGUCCCUGUGGACCGAGGCAUCGUGACUGCGGCAGUGGCCGGAAAGGGAGGAUUGGCCGCCUCUGCAGAGGAACUUGCCGGCCAGGGGCCACGGGCUCUGCUGCAAGGACUGUGUGACAGCAGUCACCACUGAUCAAGGGGCCCUUCGGCCAGCCGGCAGAGCCAGGACUGGGCCCUCAAUGGGGCUGAGCCUUGAGACCCAGUGUGGGCUCGGGGGCCACAUGCCAGCCCAGCCACCGGCUUUUCUGGCAGCUCUGUAUCGGAACCAAUAAAGUGCACUUUUUCACAGAACUGCAUCCUGUCUGUGUGUCUGCUUACCCCAGCCCCCCUGGGUGGGGCCACUCCCCCUGCGGGGCCCCGGGGGGUGGGGAG